AUGACACACGUAAAAAGCAGUUGUAAACUGGUCGUAGGCCCUGAAGUGCAAGUCCAGGGUCCCGCGGUACAAAAGUGGCGACGAGUAAUCGCGAGUGUGUGUUGUUUUUCACCGUCCCCCGCGCGUAAGAAAAGAAAGUGGAGUGAAAGCGCGAUUGCGAGCAACGACGACGGGCAGAAUAGUGUUGACCCCACGGGUGUGAUAAACAAUCAACGGCAACAAAACCAGCCGAUUAUCCCCGUGUCGGCGGUCCACUAUCAGCAACAGUUUAUUCCCGUCUCUGCCGCCCAGCAACAGCAGUACGCGCCUUUCCCGCCCCACCAACCGCAAGCACAGGUCGGUAGCGAUGUGUUCGUGCAAAUUUUGCAAAUGAUGCAGCAGCAGCACCGAGAGAUGAUGACCCAACUGAUUCAACAGCAGCAGCAAAGUGAUGAGAAGCAUGAACGCUUUCUCCGUACGAUCGCAUCGUCAAUCAACGUGCAGGUACCACCGAAUCCGGAACAGAUCCUUGACUCUUCGGCCGGCAACAUCAAGGAAUUCCGGUUCGAGGCCGACUCCAACGUGACGUUUGCGGCUUGGUACUCGAGAUACGACGAUCUCUUCGAGAAGGAUGCUGCUAGAUUGGACGGUGAAGCAAAAGGUCGUCUUCUUUUGCGAAAGCUGGGUGCAUCGGAGCACGAACGCUUCCUGGAAACAGUGGCCAAGCUCAAGAGCCUGUUCGGAGCAAAAGAAUCGGUGAUCAGCCGUCGCUACCGAAGCCUGCAGAUAGCGAAAAAUCCUGCAGAGGACCAUGUGGCAUUCGCUUGCCGCGUAAACAAGGCUUGCGUGGAGUUUGAGCUGGAAGAGAGAAAUGACGUGACGUUGGAGCAACUUUCGGAGGAGUGCCAGAGGCUGUACAACCUGAAGCACGACAGCGCCAUGAUCGAAUCUCCGUCCACGUACGACCAAGUACAAGCGAUAAGAAAAUUUGGUGGGAAGCGUGCCAGUGCCAAACCCCGAAAAACUGGAAGGAGGCGCAGGAAGCAACCAGUGUCCGCCAAGGUGGUGGUAGUCGAUGUGUGCAGUGUGCAGCAACGACGCAGAUAUGUCUCCGUGGGCUUUUCUGGAACAAAAAUUCGCCUGCAACUCGAUACCGCCUCAGACAUCACCGUCAUUAGCAGGGAGAUUUGGCGGAGCAUUGGCAGUCCUGCGUUAUCGUCAGCAACGGUGAAGGCGAAGACGGCAUCUGGCAGCAUACUAUCGCUCGAUGGGGAGUUCGAGUGCGACGUCACCAUCGGAAGCAGUACACGACGUGAGCUCAUCCGUGUAACCGAGAAGCAGCUGCUGUUACUCGGAUCCGAUUUGGUCGACAGUUUCAACCUUUGGGCCGUCCCUAUGGACACCUUCUGCUGCCACGUGUCUGGAACGCCAGUGUCGACAGGUGCACUCAAGUCGUCUUUUCCAGAGGUCUUCAGCGAGAAGCUCGGCAUGUGCACCAGAACAAAAUUGAAGUUGGAGUUGAAAGAAAACGUUCGACCCGUCUUCUGUCCGAAGCGUCCGGUAGCUUACGCUAUGUAUGAUACCGUUGAUCGCGAGCUCGACCGGUUAGAGAAAUUGGACAUCAUCACCCCGGUCGAUUAUUCGGAGUGGGCCGCUCCGAUCGACGUAGUCCGCAAGUCCAAUGGCUCCAUCAGGAUUUGCGGAGACUACUCAACGGGUCUGAAUGCAGCUCUCCAAUCACAGCAGUAUCCACUUCCACUUCCGAAUGACAUCUUCGCCAAGCUGGCUAAGUGUAAGAUCUUCAGCCAGAUAGAUUUGUCCGACGUCUUCUUACAGGUGGAAGUUGACGAGCAGUACCGUAGUUUGCUGACGAUCAAUACGCAUCGUGGUCUCUACCUCUACAACCGCCUGCCGCCGGGUUUGAAGAUCACGCCUGGCGCAUUUCAGCAGCUCAUCGACACAAUGUUAGCCGGACUGAAGGGCACUUCUGGCUACCUCGAUGACGUCAUCGUCGGCGGAGAAACUGAAGAGGAGCACGACCUCAAUCUACGGGGUGUCCUGAAGCGAAUCCAAGAUUUCGGAUUCACGAUUCGUGUUGACAAGUAUUUGUUUCGCAAGCAGCAAAUCCGAUACUUGGGGCACAUCGUCGACAGUCGCGGGUUGCGACCAGAUCCGGCGAAAAUCGAGGCGAUCACCAAGCUGCCGCCUCCAGCCGAUGUGUCCGGUGUGCGAUCGUUUUUGGGGGCCAUCAACUACUACGGCAAGUUCGUCCCCAACAUGCGCAUGCUACGCUACCCGCUCGACAAUCUCCUCAAGGUGGAGACGAAGUUCAGCUGGAGUCCGGAGUGCCAGAAAGCGUUCGACCGGUUCAAGCAGAUUCACUCGUCGGAUCUUCUCCUCACACACUACGAUCCGAAGGGGGAAAUCAUCGUUUCUGCUGACGCUUCAUCCGUUGGACUUGGGGCUACCAUUAGCCAUAGGUUCCCAGAUGGAACCAUCAAGGUGGUCCAACAUGCAUCCAGGGCGCUCACGAAGGCAGAACAGGCCUACAGUCAGCCCGAUCGCGAAGGUCUGGCCAUCAUCUUCGCCGUCACGAAGUUCCACAAAAUGCUCUUCGGACGGCACUUCCGUUUGCAAACCGAUCAUCGCCCGCUGCUUCGUAUCUUCGACUCUAAGAAGGGAAUUCCAGUGUACACUGCGAACCGCCUGCAACGCCUCGCCCUCAACUUGCUGCUCUACGACUUUGAGAUCGAGUACGUGUCCACUGAGAAGUUCGGCAACGCAGACCUGCUCUCCCGGUUGAUCGACCAGCACAUCAAGCCUGAAGAGGACUACGUCAUCGCGAGUCUCAAUCUGGAAGAGGAUAUUAGGUCAGUAGUAACUAAUACGGUUAAAGUGUUGCCUCUCAAUUUCAUAGUCGUUGCGCAAAGCACCCAAGCAGAUCCGCUGCUCCGUCAAGUCCACCGCUACGUUCAGAACGGCUGGCCCCAGUCAACACUCGAUGGGUCAGAACUUCGCCGGUUCCAAUCAAGGCAGGAAUCGCUCUCUGUGGUGGAUGGGUGUAUUUUGUUUGCCGAACGACUCGUCAUUCCGUCGCUGCAUCGGAAACGGUGCCUCGAACAGCUGAACCGUGGCCAUCCGGGCAUGCAGCGAAUGAAAGCCAUCGCUAGGAGCUACGUGUACUGGCCUACGUUGGAUGCUGACAUCGUCAGCUUCGUCAAGGCAUGCCAGCAGUGUGCGUCUGUAGCUCGAUCACCUCCUCACUCUCCACCGGUGUCGUGGCCCAAAUUGACCGCUCCGUGGCAACGCGUCCACGUCGACUUCGCCGGUCCAAUCGAAGGCGACUACUACCUGCUCGCUAUCGAUUCGUUCUCUAAGUGGCCCGAGAUCAUCCGAACGACCCGCAUCACCUCUGCUGCGACCAUCAGCAUCUUGCGUGCGUUGUUCGCGCGGCUGGGUAUGCCCGUAACCUUGGUCAGUGACAACGGUACCCAGUUUACCAGCGCCGAAUUUGCCGAUUUCUGCGCUUCCAAUGGCAUCGAGCACCUCACGACAGCACCGUUUCAUCCACAAUCAAAUGGCCAGGCGGAACGAUUCGUGGAUACCUUCAAGCGAGCCGUCAAGAAAAUCCGAGAGGGGAGAGGAUCCAUUGAAGAAGCACUGGAUGUCUUCUUGCUGACGUACCGAAGCACGCCCAGUCGUGCUCUGCCGGAUCAGAAGUCGCCAUCUGAGAUCAUGUUUGGUCGCAAAAUCCGAACGUGUCUCGAGCUUCUGCGUCCACCACCGGUACGUGUCCCAGUGCCAACCGACGAUGACCGCAAGCAACCGAGGUCCUUCAACCGAAACGAGACCGUGUACGCCAAACUACAUGGUCAUACCGGUUGGAAGCCACCUUAA